CUCUAUAAUUUACUUGGAACAUAUUUCAUCACAAUUUUUUGAUCAGAUUUCGACGGCAAAUAUCUUCAUAAAUUCUAAUCUCCAAACCAUUUCUUUCCAUUAAUUCUCAACUCUCUCUUUCUCCAACAUGGAGCUUAAACAGAGGUCAGCCUCGCAAACCCUAAAUCAAGAGAGUAAUUGGCCCAUCACUACCUUCGCUCACCGUGCACGCUUGGCCGCUGGCUGCGCCACCUUGCUAUUCUCCAUAGCCAAAUCCCUAGUGCUGACCACCGCCGCUCCACGGGCAUGGCUCGAGUCCAUGCUUGCCGCCACGGUGGCCUACUUCACGGCGGACCUAGUUACGGGCAUUUAUCACUGGGCCAUAGACAACUACGGCAGCGCCCAAACUCCGAUCUUCGGCUCCCAAAUCGUGGGUUUCCAAGGUCACCACCACCGCCCCUCGCAACUCGCCAAACCGCCUGUCGCCUACAACGUCCACAUUGCGGCCGCCGCCGUCACAGCCGUCGUGACUCCCAUAAACUUAUUAUGCAGCGAUCCGGUUUUCCUGUUAUUUGUGGGCGUAUUUGCAGGGUGCGUCAUGUUCAGCCAGCAGUUCCAUGCAUGGGCCCACACCCCAAAGGGGAGGCUGCCGACACUGGUGGCGAUGCUCCAGGACGCCGGGAUCAUCUUGAGGCGAGCCGACCACGCUGCGCACCACCGCCCUCCCUUCAACAACAGUUACUGCAUCGUGAGCGGAGUGUGGAAUAGGGUUUUGGAUAGGUCCAAGUUCUUCGUGGCGCUGGAGGUGGUGGUGGCGACGGCGCUCGGCCACGAGCCGCGGUCGUGGAGCGACACUAUCUCAGAUUGGAGUGAAAAAUCAGGGACGAAUUAAAAUGGUGUUAUAUUAUGAAAUAGUGAAGGAUGUAGCCAACCUAUGACAUUAAGGCUGGUUAAUUUGAUAUGUUUUUAUUAUUUGAUAUAUUAAUAUUAAAUA